CUCCUAUCUCUCUCUCUCGCUCUCGGGAACCUUUUCUCUCCUCCAUUUAUACUAUUCCUUGAGGCGAGCCGUUUGCCCCCACGGAAUCAAGAAACCAAGCCAGCCAGCCAGCCGGCCGGCCUGACUGCCGGAUCCUCCUCUCCUCCAUAGCCAGCCAUAGCCAGUGUGUGCGAGAGAGAGAGAGAAGAGCAGAAUGUUGGAGGGGAAGGCGCGGGUGGAGGACACGGACAUGCCGGCGCGGAUGCAGGCGGCGGCCACCACGGCGGCGUCCCGCGCGCUCGAUCUCUUCGACGUCGCCGACUUCCGCGGCAUCGCCGGCCACAUCAAGACGGAGUUCGACAAGCGGUACGGCGUGGGGUGGCAGUGCGUGGUGGGCGCCAGCUUCGGGUGCUUCUUCACCCACACCAGCGGCACCUUCAUCUACUUCUCCCUCGAGCGCCUCUCCUUCCUCCUCUUCAAGGCCGCCGCCGCCGUCGCCGUCGCCGCCUCCUAAUCAAAACCAUCAUCAAUCUCCGGAUCCUGCCCGGCGGCGCGCCGCGAACACCCGUUCGUCCUCAUCAGAACAGAAAUGGAACCGUGCACUUUCGUCUAGUAGCUAGUAUCAUUUGUAAUGUCCGUUACGUCCAGAAGCUCAAAUCAGCUGUAUGCCUAGCAUCCUGUAAAUACACCGCACCAUGAUGCUCGCUCGUUCCUGGAAUCAUUUGCCUCCAUUACCAUCGA